AUGGAGAGAUGUAGAGCUACUUGUCAUAUGUCACAUUAGCAUAGCUAGUGUUUCGCUAUGUUUUGAAGGUGAUUAAGCAUGCCAGUGUUUCCUCAUUCGACGCACAAAAUUCACGUUGUUAUAUUUUUCAGUCAGUUGUAACAGGACUAUAAUUUAUCGACUGAAAAGGAGCGAGUCAAAACGCCGACACACGUUAUAUUGGUAAUACGCCAAGCAGACAGCCUCUCGUGAGAGUUUGUUGCUCAGUUGUGAUGGCGCGAGGAGGCCAGCUGUCGGAACUAGUACCAGUCGCGUCUUAAGAAAUAUAUCCAGUCGAAGAAUUUCUUCAGAUUCCAAAAGAUUUGGGAUACUUAAAGGUAGAAGAUUUAUCAGGAUUAUUAUUAAUUUCACAAUGAAUUGAUGCAGGAUAAUUGAGUGAAGUGUUGUGAAUCUAAGAAGCGACGGCAAACAUGAGCAGGUUCUUGAAGACGUGUGCUACUUAUUAUCGCCCGUGAUAAGGCGUCACAGGAUUUAUGGAAUUGGUCUAAAGAGAGAAAAUCAUGUUUUUGUUAGCUCAUAUGUGAUUAUUUUUACCGGAGAAUUGUUUAUUUGAUAAAAAGUGUUCGCAUAAAUUGAAUAGAAAAUAAAUGAGUUGAUGAAUAACAGUGAUGAUUUUGAAACAUAUUUGAUAGCCAAGACACUGAUUUCAUCCAUGUAGUAAAAUGAAUUUUAGUUCUUAUUCAGGCCAAGGCAUCUUCAUGUUACAUUUUGUAGAUUAGGUAUGAAGAUUUUAAUGUUACCGUGUGUAGGGCAGGCAGUUCAGAUUUAGAAUUGAGUUAGAUUAAAUUGAAAAGAAGUGUUUAGACAUUGACUGCAGUGCCUAGGGUGUCGGUAUCAUAUUGAUUAAACCUCGCAAAGUGUGAUAGGCACAUGUGCUGUGUUGUCAAGACGUGCACUUUAUCGUUCCUUUACUGUUCCAAUAAGAAAGGAUUAGUUUCUAAAUCCAGAAACCUCAUGCUUCAGAGCUAUUAAAGAAAUUACAUGUCAUCUAGAUAUGGCUCACAGACAUAGCACUAAACGCUCGGAUUCCCUACCAAACGCAAUGUUUGGUAAUGGACAACAGAGCCACGAAGAGAAUCCCAAUAUAUUGGUAUAUAAAAAGAUGGAGACUAUUGUCGAGAGAAUGCAAGAUGAACAUACUGGGGUACCAGUUAGAACUGUUAAAAGUUUUAUGUCCAAAGUGCCAAGUGUUUUCACAGGUCAAGAUUUGAUAACCUGGAUGAUGAGGAAUUUGGAUGUUGAAGAUCAAGUGGAAGCACUUCAUCUUGCACAUCUGAUGUCAUCCCAUGGUUACUUCUUUCCUAUAGAUGAUCAUGUACUAAGUGUAAAAAAUGACAACACAUAUUACAGGUUUCAGACGCCUUGUUUUUGGCCUUCCAGAUGUGGUGAACCAGAAAAUACAGAUUAUGCUGUGUAUUUAUGCAAGAGAACAAUGCAAAAUAAACAGAGGCUAGAAUUGGCAGAUUACGAAGCUGAAAAUUUAGCACGUCUUCAAAAAAUGUUCUCUAGGAAAUGGGAGUUUAUUUUUAUGCAAGCAGAGGCCCAAGCCAAAGUUGAUAAAAAGCGGGAUAAAUUAGAACGAAAAGUUUUAGACAGUCAAGAAAGAGCAUUCUGGGAUGUACACAGGCCAGUGCCGGGCUGUGUGAAUACAACUGAAAUAGAUAUCAAGAAAGCAUGUAGAAUGAAUCGACAUUCAAAAAUGUCACGGCCAAAUUAUGCAGUACCAGGGGGGAGAAUUAGUCCUAGUGUUUCUGAAGCAGAACUUAAUAAUUCUGCAGAACAAAUAAAAACUGAUAUUUAUGCGCUUCGGAGCAAAUUAGAAAAAAGAAGAGUUAAAAUAUCGAAAGUAACGGAAAGUUUUAUAGCAUACUACCAGCAAUAUGCAGAAUAUGAUGCCUUUAUAACUAAUCCAGAUCCAGCUAAUCCCUGGAUUUCAGAUAAUCCAGAAUUUUGGGAACAAGAAAGAUCACUGAAUGCUAGAGAUAUACCACAACGUCGGGUUAAACUUUGGGCUUUCUGUGUAGAAGAAUUAUUACGGGAUGCAGCUGGAAGGGAUCAUUUUGGAAAAUUUUUAGAUAAAGAAUUUAGUGGGGAAAAUUUAAAAUUUUGGUUAGCGUGUCAAGAGUUAAAAGGCCUUCCAAUGAGCGAUGUACAUCAAAAGGUCCAUGAAAUAUUUAGUGAAUUUCUUGCCCCUGGUGCACAUAAUCCUGUAAAUGUUGAUUGUCAAAUAAUGGAAUUAGUUCGUAAACGAGUAGAAAAUAACCCAACACGUUUUUGUUUUGAUGAAGCACAGGACCAUAUAUUUAAAUUAAUGAAAUGUGACAGUUACAGUCGGUAUUUACGGAGUGAUAUGUAUAAAGAAUAUUUAAGUGGAACACGAAAGAAAGUAAGAUUAUUACCAGUUAUACCCAUGACCUGGACUCAUUUUAAAAAUUGAUAUUUACAGCUUGAUGUAUUUGUUAUUUCUUUUUGUAUUCCCAUCUUCUGUAUUUAAUAUUAAGUCUUUGUUUUUUUUUUCUUUCUCUUAUUUUACUGCCUAUUUAUUGUUACUGUUGGUUUUUAUUUUUUUUAUUUUUGCAUUUGUUCAAUGAAAGGCCUAAAUUUUUAAAAUUUUGCCAGUUGUGACCAAAAGACAUUGAAAUUGAACCACUAAUUCUGUGUUUAUUAUUUUGUUUAAUUGACUGCUUUUAAUAGUAAUAUCUGAAUCAAAAACCAGAAUCUUUCAGUAGCAGUUUACACCUAAAAAAUUGGCUUAUGUCUGCAAGACCAGGGCUUGUAUAAGCCUGAGCAGGACCAGUUUACACAGUGCAUGUUUCUAUUUCUGUAUAAUUGAGUAUUGCAUGUUAAUAGAUUUUAAUGGAAAAAUAAAAUGCAAAUCAUUUCAAACUACGGAUCACACAUAUAGAGUAAAUGAAAUGUAUAUUUGAUGUUUAUGUAUACGUUUUAAGUCACAAUUAAUUGUAUUCAAUAUAUCUGUGAUAAUUUGACAGAACAAUAGAUAAUGCGCAUAGCAUAUUUUGCCAGGACAGCUAUUGUUGUAUUAGAAGAUUAUUUUUUUUCCCACACUUGUAUUAUUUAUGUAAAAUACUUUCAUUUUUUUCUAAGACUGAAUAAAAUGCAUGAAGCCCAAUCAAUUCCUAAGAAGAAUGUACAAUAAUCCAACCUAAAUAUGAUUUGGCCCGUAAAUGUGGAAAGAGAGAGUUUUGAAUAAGUACAGUUUGUCUAUGCUCAACCUGCCCUCAGCUGAUCAUAGGCAGUGGAUUUUAUUCUUGUCCUGUCUUUUGGGUUUGAUCCUCGCUUAAUGAUCUACAGAAAUGGGGCUUGUAGAAUGUGGGCAGACUGCAGAUUACGGGUCCUACUAAUCACCGACAAGAAACAAAAACCGACAAACCCGUUUUUUUAUUCGCCCACAUUGAAAUGUGGUCGUAUAUUGUUGUCCGGUGUCCACACUUGCUUGUGGACACUCUAAUCUCCCAUAAUGUGUCUUUAAACUUUAGAUAUUCUGGCUUGGAUUCAAUCAGAUUAAAAAGAGAUUUAACUGAACACUUAUAGGUGGUGCUGGCUGGUUAAAUGUUGAGCAAUUUUCAAUUCAUAUCUUGUCUUUGGAAUGAUAUUCUUUUUAGACAGUCAACUUUCAUAAUAUUGUAGUUUGAAAAUAGUAUGACCACCAGAAGAAACGUAAAAAAAAACCCAAACCUUUUGCAUGAUGACUAAAGAUCACUAAUAUACGAUGGCAUCGGUUGAUUUAGUCAUUCAUGGCCAUUAUAUCCUCUCACAAUGUACAGGAUUUUUUUUUUCUCUGAGAUUCUGAAAAUCUAUUGUUACAUUUAUUCGAGAGAAAUGAAAAUGAAAUGAAAUGGGGUUUAACGUCCUACUGUUCUGCUCCAAACUGGGCUAAUGAAGACAGCCAUGCGCCAUACAGUGUGCUAUGAGGGAUAUUUUGCUCGGACAGCGGCACUACAGCCUACUCUUCUAUCAAAUUCCAACUGUCAAGGUAUCUAUUACGUGCACGCCAAUGUGUACACAGGACCUCGGUUUUACAUCCCAUCCGAACGACUAGACAGCUGUCCUUGUCAGGCCCUCCGUCCUACAUCACUGACAAGGUGGAACCUCGCCGGAAAAUCUGGUUGAAAACCCGACCUCCAGGCUAGCGAGCCAGCAUCCAAAAAGUAAUAAAUCAUAGAUUGCUAAAAUCCUGAAACUACAACCCUAAAGUCUGUCCCAUACGGGAGCGUGUAGGGUGACUCAGUGGUGACGUCAAAAUGAUACAGCGUAACGCCUACGCAACAUUUGCGUCAGAUGAUGCGACCAUAGCGUCACCACAAGUGACUUUUGGUAGUCAGUUGGAUGUGAUAUGUAGAAUAUCUAUAACAUAUCUUUCCUUGUCAGUCACUUUUUGCAAUAGUUUGGGCGAUAUUGACAAAAGAAAUGCUCUUGUAGGUGAUCAGUAGGACUGCAGAUUAUAGUUGGAAAAAUUAUUUGAUUAUCUUCAAAUGUUAAAAUGCUACUUUUCUUUUACCAGUCCCUUAUUUAUUUUUGUUUUGUUAAUUUUUUUUUUGUUAUAGGCACAAUACCAUUAAUAGUAUUAAUUUAAUUUUGAAUGUAUUUUGUGCUAUUAUUUGCAUGUAUAUCUUCUGUACAGUGUGACUGACUGUGAUGCAAUUAUUAAUAUUUUUUUGUAUAAAAGAAUGUAUAAAUUAUUUAUAUAUAUAUGCUGUGUACAUAACAAAGUUUUCCUUUUUAUAUGCCAACACGGAAAUGUGGUUGUAUAUUGCCGUCGACCCUCUCUGUAUGUAUGUCCGUCCGUCCAUCAUCAACAAUUUCUUGUGAAUACUCUACAGACUACAUUCAUCAUCUAAUUGUUUUGAAAUUGAUAUAUGUUGUAUAUAUCAGUGAGAUGAAGAAUCCUAUUUAAUUUCAAUAAUUUCCGUUAAUUUCUUCUGAAGUUAUGACCUGUGUUUAACGCUGCUGAACCUUGUGAACGCUCUAACUACAAAUGUUAUUAUCUGAUCUGUAUGAAAUUUAUAUGCAUCAUUUAGAUUAGUGAAACGAAAAAGCUUGUCGAAUUUCUGUAAAUUACUUCCAGAGUUAAGGCCCUUGUUUCAGUUUGUAGAACCUUGUGAACCCUCAAAAAACGAUAAUUAUAAUCUUAUCUGUAUGAAAUUGUCUUGUAAAAAAAUGCCCCCAAUUAUCUUCAAAAGAAUAAAUAUGUGACAACCCUAGUCGACUGCUCAGAUGAUAUAGCUGCUGUGGGCGUAUGUUUUGUUGCCUUGCAACCUAUCUUCUUUUAAUGUGACACUGCCAGAAACAUCACAAUAAAAGUUAUGGGAAAUGAAAUGAUAUGAAUAUUUUUUGUGUAACUAUAUAUAAAUGUAUAUAUACUAUACAUAAAGUACAUAUUGUAUCUACAUAUGCUAAAAUGUAAACUUGUUUUGUGAUAUAUCAUAAAAAUACUGGUAAAACAACAUAUAUUAUGAAAGUUUUCUCAUUUAAAAACAUACAUGAUAAACCGACUGCACUUGUAUACCAUAUCCCCAUUCACACAUUUAAUUUAUCUGUGGCACUCAACUAAAAAGAGGAUAGUUAUUUUGUAUACACAAAAUUAGUUAAAUAGCUAUGAUGAUUAUAGAACAGGCAAUCGGGUAUGAUUAGCAAACAGGUUUUUGGACACAGGUUGCAAAUUAUUUUAAACAAAUACAUGGAAUUUCAAUGAAGGAUAACCAUCAUUCGACUACAUCUAUCGAUUACAUACAGAUAAUGCCUGUUUACCUAUGGAUAAUUCCCCUGUUUACCUAUGCAUAAUGCCUCUUUACCUAUGCAUAAUAGUUCAUACCUAGAGAUAAUACCUAUGGAUAGGAUAGGCAUGCACUUAACCAGUAAAUUAAUGCCCCUUUCCUAAUGGGUAAUUUCUAUUUACCUAAGGAUAAUAAAGACUUUUGGCAAGCGGAUUUUUCCCAUCCGUAUCCCGUAUCCGUAUCGUAUACGUGAUACAUUGCGUCAAUGUAGUUUUAGAGUUUUGGCAGAUUUUAGCAAUUUUUGGUUUCACUAGUGUAUUAUUUCAGAAAGUUUAGCCCGUAGAUCAAUCAGUAUGCAGACAGGCGGGAAAAAUAUGAAAAUUCCGAGAAAACCCCAUCAAAAAAAAUGAUUAAAUUCCAGUCGUUAUCACUGUUAAAAUCUCAUCAAAUAUACACUUUCGUGUUCUAGGAUACACACAGAUUCAUAAAAACGCUAUGAUGCAACAUUUCAGCGUCUAAAAGUAGCAAAAAAGACGGGAAAUGAUGACAGUGUUAUAUGGACCAUUUCCGUAUGAAAGCCUUUCCAUACGUGCUGCAGUAUCCGUGUGCCGUAUCACGUAUGAGAAAUACACAGACAUUGAUGACGUCACACGCAAAAUCCAUACGGAUACGCGAUACGGACCAGGAAAUUACGCUUGCCAAAAGUCUCUACUACCUAUUCACCUGUGGGUAAUGUCUAUUCACCUGUGGGUAAUACCUGUUAACCUUUGGUUAAUGUCUAUUUACCUAUGGAUGAUACCAAUUUACCUACGGAUGAUACCUAUUUACCUUUGGGUAAUGCAUAUUUACCUAUGCUUAACUUAAUACCUAUGGAUAAGUCCUGCAAUUAAUUGAUAAUACCUAUUUACCCAUAUGAAUAUUUUAGUAUUUCACACAGUUUUCUUUUAAAGCCAAAGGGUUUUAAUUUAUCUGGUAUCUUGCAAAUAACAACAUUUUUAUUGAAAUAUCAAUGAAUUACAGAGAUUGUUUUAAAAUUUAUUUUAAACAGAAUAAAAAGUUAGUUAAUAUUGCUGCCUGAUUAACAGAUGGCAUGACUGUGUACUAGUGAUUGUAACAGCUGGGUCUUUUAGUCUCUGUUAGUUUUAUUCAAAAAUAUCAAAUCAGUUUUGCCCCCAAACAUAUAGUACCUUCAAGGUAAUAUAAUUACGCUUUGUUUAAUAUAAUUAAUAUCUGAAAGAAAGAUGAAAUCUUUGUUUAAAUAUUCUUGCAUUUCUUUCAUUUAAUUGUUUUAUAUUUUAUUGUUAUGUAUUUUAUUUUAACUUGUUUUUAUUUUGCAUGAAAAAUCAAAAUAAAUUUUUUGACAUA